UUGAAUAUAUGGCUAUGGCUACCCCGAAUCUUGCUUGAAGACGUCUGGACCUUGAUGUGGGUACUCCCUGCGUUACAACGGGGAAUUGAAAUCAAGCGAGUCGUCCGAUGCUUGUGAACAGCCGGUCAUAACCAGCUCACCAGAGAUGAAGCCCAUUUCUAAUGCUCGAGAGGGCGAAACAAGCCAUCCACAUCCAUACCUCAGCGGCAACUUCGCACCCGUACACAAGACUAUUCCCCUAACACCGUGCACAUACUCGGGGACAAUACCAGAAGAGCUGAUUGGCGGUGAAUACAUAAGGAAUGGAGGCAAUCCGGUAUCGAACGAGGACUUGGGGAGAGAUGCACACUGGUUUGACGGUGAUGGCAUGCUCAGUGGCGUUGCGUUCACGCGGACCGCUCAUGGUGUACAACCCGAAUUCGUCAACCAGUACAUCUUAACGGACGUCUUUCUUUCGACAGUGACAUCGAAACACCUGCGCACUCCGAUAUUGCCCAGUAUAGCAACAUUGGUCAAUCCUCUAUCUUCCCUAUACAAAAUUAUUCUCCUCGUUUUCCGCACGAUUUUCCUCGUCAUCUUGUCACGACUACCAGGUUCAGUACAAUCCAUCAAGAAAAUCAGUGUUGCAAACACAGGAAUAGUGUUUCAUGACGGAAGAGCACUCGCAACCUGCGAAUCUGGACCACCCAUGCGCGUAGCGCUUCCAGGAUUGGAGACUGUAGGCUGGUACAACGGUAAACGAGCCGAAGGCGAGCUAGGAGGUGAGCAAGGCUCAGGAUUUGGUGGAAACGGGCUCAUCGGAUUUAUGAAAGAGUGGACGACAGCGCAUCCUCGAAUCGAUCCGAAAACGGGAGAGCUGGUACUCUUCCAUUCGACAUUCGCACCUCCGUAUGUACACUACUCGAUUGUUCCGGCUACUCACCCACCUGCCGUGCCGUCCACACCACUCAACAGACCGACAAGGCUGCUCAACGCUCCCAUCCCAGGCAUAUCAUCUGCCAAAAUGAUGCAUGACUUUGGUGUGUCUCUGAACCAUACUGUUAUCAUGGAUCUGCCCCUGUCGCUCGAUCCGCUGAAUCUGGCCAAGAACAAGCCCGUGGUGGCUUAUGACCCUACUUCCAAAUCUCGCUUCGGCGUCUUUCCACGACACUGGCCACAACAAACUCAGUGGUUCGAAACCAAGGCUUGCUGCAUCUUCCAUACUGCCAACACCUGGGACGAUCAGGUGAUGGAUAAGAAGUCUGGCCAGCUAAAAACCACGAACGUCAACAUGUUGGCGUGUCGAUUGACGUCCGCUUCCGUCGUUUUCAAUGCCGGCAACAUUGCUGCACCGCAGCCAAUUUCGAUUGACAGAACAGACGAAGAGGAUCAAUGCCGUUUGUACUACUAUCAAUUCCGCAUGGACGAUCCGAAGGUACACCGCAUCAACUACCAAUUUGCCCUAAGUUCGAUUCCUUUCGAAUUUCCGAGCGUUCGGGAGGACAGAGCAAUGAGUGAGGCCAAAUACAUCUACGGGUGUUCUACCUCAGAAGGCUCAUUCAGCGCUGCUCUUGGAAGAGUAGCCAAAAUUGACUGCCUCGUUAAGAUGGACGUUGAGACACUGAUCAAGCGUGGGCAAAAAGAUCCUUCACUACUACCAAUCACUGGAUGUGUGGAUAACCGUUCCAUUCAAGAGAUUUGUGGAUGCAGCACUAGCGAAGAUCCGAUUAGCAUCUUCACUCUGCCUCCUGGAUGGUUUGCCCAGGAGCCACGCUUCGUCGCUCGUCGCGACGGAACGCAUGAAGAUGACGGUUGGUUGUUGACAUAUGUAUUCGACGAGUCUCAGCUCGAUGCAAAUGGUGAAUGCCGCCCCGAUGCCGUGAGCGAGCUUUGGAUCAUCGAUGCCAGGGACAUGAAGACCAUCGUCGCUCGAAUCCAUUUGAUCCAACGAGUGAGCUAUGGUCUCCAUGGCGGUUUCUUCAGUGAGGCCCAAAUUGAGUCUCAACGACCGGUAGAGACGAUUCGCGGUAUGAAAGAGGUUACUCGGAUGAAGCAACAGGAAAAUUGGUGGCUAAGCAUCAGAGACCAUCUAGAGAAAUUUCUAGGAUGAUUUUUGGAGAAAUUUAUGAUACCCAAAUGUGUACUUUAUCCUACAUGGCGCGGCGUUGUUUGAGCUUGGAAUCUGUGAGAAUAUAUAAUAUGCUGGGUACUGCAUAGUGAUGGUCUUAUAGAGGCCCUUCCCAUAUAAUGAUAAUCAGCUUGGAGCUUAUGUGAU